GUCAGACAUGGAGAGAGCAAGCGGGAGUGCUGUCUAAUGUUUUUAAUUCUUUACUGACAGCCGGGAAAGACAGUCUCAUCGAUCUCUGGAUCUGAAGAGAGUGCUCUCACGCUGACGUAAAAAAAAAAAAAAAAUGGUUUUAGUAACACCUGUAUUGUUGCUGCUGCUCUCUUGGAUAUCGACGCAAACUGUCGCAGAGAUUUGCCGGGGGACGCACUGCUACGGCGCAGACACUGGCGAUCCAAGACCGUGCACCGGAGCGCACUGUCCGGGGGGCAGAGCCGCCAGACCGCCGCGGCACCAUCACCAGACAGCGCAGGGGAGAGCGGCGCAGGUAGUUGCCGGCCAACACCAUGCGUACCCGGGCUCCCCAAGAGCAGUUUCAGAGGUCUAUCCGGCUGUGCAGCCACUUCGCGUGCGGCACAGUGACAGCAGCAGUAGCACGCGGAUAAGAGCGCCUGAAGUUUUACCUGCAGGAUGCACGGAUGCGGACUGCGCCGCUCUUGUGAAACAAUUUCAGCCCACCAAUGACACCCGAGAAUGUAAAGGGAUCGAGUGCAGACUGCCUCUGAGGAUACGGCCAAAAGCCCGUGCGAAGUCAUGUGUGGGAGAGGGCUGUAGUUCAGAGGAGAGCGGCAGCCUGUUCCCUCCUGUCCAUCUGUCCGACAGAGCCGCACAGUUUCUGGGGGAUUUUCCGGAGCUUGGAUAUCCUUCUCCAGACCUUGGCGGAGCGCCUUUGGGUGUCCAGCUCACAUGUGACAUCAAGCCAGGAGAGAAUGAAGUUCCCUCAGAAGAUGCCCUCAUCUUGCACCUCCAGCUGGCCAAAGGGCAGGAGAAGCUGGUGGAGGCCCUCCAAGGCCAGCAGAUCGUCAUCCGCGACCUGCAGCAGAAGCUUGCCGACCAACAGGAGGCGCUUCUGUCCCAGCAGAGGGAGAUCCUGGACCAGCAGCGGCGCAUGUAUGAGCAGAUGGAUGUGGUGAAGGCCCAGUAUGGCCUCCUCUCAGACACUGUCAAACAGUUUCCUUCCAGGGCCUGCAGGGUGAGCUGCAGAGCUACUUCGAGAGCCAUCUGGCCGGUCUUCAGAGCCAGGCCCGCAGCCACCUGCAGAAGUCCUACGCCGUGCACAAAAUGGAUCUGGAUUCCAAAACGAUGGAUGUAGUCGGAGAGGCUCGUUUACCUCAACCUCUGCUGGGAUGCCCUACGCCCUGUGGGCAGGAGGAGUACUGUGAUUUUCAGAGGGACCCGCCUCAGUGUGAGAAGUGCACCAUGUGUCCACCGGGCUUCUUCCUGAUCUCCCAGUGUUCUCCAACUGCAGACAGGAUGUGCCAGGACAGAGAUGAAUGCCUUGAAUUACCAAACAUUUGUGGAGAGCGAGUGAAGUGCCUUAAUACUCCAGGUGGGUUCAGGUGUCUGGGAGUUUCUGAGAGAGAAGCAGUCAGGGGCUUGUGUGGUCAUGACUACUUCUACAACCAGGAGCUGCAGGAGUGCCAGGCCUGCGCCGACUGUGAUGGGGAGCCUGUUUCUGUGACCUGCACAGCUGUCACUGACUCUGUCUGCGGCCAGCCCUCAGAAAGUCAACUCUCCCAGUCUUGGGGGGCCAAUGUGGGAGUUCCUUCUGCCCGAACAUCUGGCACAAACAUCUUUCCAGGGCUUCAACUAAACAUCCGAACCAAAGAAAAAAUAGAUCUGUUGUCCAAUGAGGUGGGGCAGAUAACGUUCCUGCAGCAUGGCCUGGUCUGGUUGGAUCAUAAUUUUGCGAUCAAGCACAGCUGCAGGAACUUCCUUCAACUGGGAAUGAGGCUCAAUGGGAGCCAAGAAGAGGAGGGGCGGGACCUCAGUGGUGUUCGCAUUGAACAGCCGGAUGGGAAGUACUUCCAGGGUGUCAGCGUCAGCAGUGGAGUCGAGGUGGAGCCCAACCACACCUUCACUCUUCUGCUGAAGAGUCCGAAUCAACACUGCAACCAGAGCAAGGAUCUUCACGUCUAUGAUAUCGCCACCAAUUCUCUCAGCUUGCUCUGGUUGUCGCACGAUACUGGUGCCGUAGCGAUGACCGCUCAGAUGUCCCUGUUGACACACUACCAAACUAGCUACCGCCCAACAUUCCGAAUAACCUCAGUCUCCGACCCUUACAUGAUCAUUCUGACGCACGACAACCGCGGUGUACGCUUCACAGAAAGCGGCGUUGUAAAGUUUGUCCUCCAGCAGGCACUUUACUCAAUGGGCCACACCUGCAUCCGAGAGGGUUUCUCCCUGAUUGCCUACACUAACCAUAACGGGACCGGCCACGAGGCAAUGCAAGCCUUCAAGACGGGCGUCAACUACAGGGACACCUCCAUCACCCUCUCUGGCGCUGUGAGCGUAGCCAGCGGGGACACGCUCAGCUUCGAGAUCACUUCUCCGUCCCAGUGCAACAUCCGCUACUUUGGGGACAGCACCGGUAUCAGUAUGCUGAGCCUUAUCUGGAUUCCCUCCGCAGUGUCCUCAGCCCUGACCGCUACCGUGUCCAAGACCGGUCUGCCCUCUGGAGCAGUCAGGAACAAGCAGCUGUCCUUCCAGCAGAUCAGUCCGGAAACGCCGCAGGUUCAUUUGUCCCGCCAAGGUGAGCCAAACAGCAGGAAGAACUUUGUUUUCCAUGAGAAAGGGACGGCUAACCUUGCCCUCAAUCUAAAGCUGAUUCACUCCUGCAAUAUUGUCAAACUCACUUUGCAGAGGGCAUUGGGUCCGAGCGGGCCGGCAGCUCCUGUGGCCCAGCAGGUGUCUGGAUCAAUGCCUGAAGGGAGCGAGUGGGCCAGUAUCGGGCUGAGGGCCUCAUUUCCGGUCCAGAAUGGUACAGCAGUCUAUGUAACUCUGGACUGUAUCCGAGGACGGGUUAACCAGAUCACACACGAGGGUGGCACUAACAUUUCGAUCCUCUGGGUUGCAGUGUAAUCCAAGAAGAGGUUUCGUCAUAAAAACUAUUUAGAAAAAAAAGACAGUUUUGCACAACAUUGAAUUGCAGACCAGAUUCAAGAAUUGACCAAAUCAAGAGAGAAUACUAGAGGAUAAACGACUUUAUACAUUGUAGAUGGAAAACCAUGUCAUUCAUCUAUAACACAUAUUUUGUUUUAUUAUUGUUUUAAAUAUAUGUUUUCAAGACUGUUAUUGUGAAAUCUCUUUUGGGUAUAAUUAACAUACUGUAAGUACUGCUUUUUCUUGAAGUACUUCGGCUGGUUGAGCAGUGACCAAUUCUUAAAUGGGAUGUGUUUGUGUAUGUGAUUGUGUGAGUGUGUGUCUGUACAAUAUGUAUGAGUGUGUUCAUACAUGUGCAGUGGUGCUUAUAUGUGUGUAUGUGUACAAAGAAAUUGGCAUGCCUACGUUUUGUCAUUUAAUAAGUAUAUCCAUACAUUCCUGCACAUAUUUAACUUGUAUGUAAUAAACUUUUUUGUAUCAUAUCACUAGCAAUUUAAAGGUGGAAGAGUUACAUGACAAAAUAGACACUUUUCCACGAUAUAGAAACUGUGUAUAUAUGCAUUUUUCCACAAAAGAAAAUCCCUUCAAUAGUUUGUUACUAAAAGACAAAAUGUCCAUAGUAAACUCAAACAAGCAGGAAUUGUUUUUCGAGGACGUUUUUGAUCAUAUUUAUUUGCCUUUUGUAAAAUGGGACUUUUGUAUCUACACUAUAGAAUACACAUAUUUGUCAGACACGAUAAAAGUAUAAAUAUAACGUGGCAAAGCACUGAGCAUGCAGUGUUGCUUUUCAAAGCUACAUGCAGCGAUCGCCUCUAUCGUAUGUUUAUUUGCACACAUAGUUUAACUCAGUAUUAUGGAAUGUGCAAACAUUAUACUUUGUUAUUCUUUUGCCUAAAUGCUGUUUCCUGUGAAGAAUUGCCCAUGCAUAUCAAUCCUAAUUGCCUCUGUGUGUGUUCUGUCCUCGAAACAAUUAGGCAUAAUUAAGUGUUUGGCAGGGAAACCGCCACGUAAAUCCUUUAUUCUCACUCCAUUUUGUUCAGAAAAAAAAUCGUUCAUUCUGUGGUUGGGCUACCUGCACAUGUCAAUGCAUGCAUACGUGUUGAACACCAAAUAAAAUGUACAUAUGUUUUGACAUAAAAAAAUAAUUCUGUCCAGCUCGUUAAUACACAGAGGUGAAAUAUA